GGGUGGGGGAGAAAAGAAAGCUAGAUUGGGCUUUAUUUUUAUAGUCUGAUAAUGUUUGGCACUGAUGGAAAGAAGUGAACCUGCAUUAGUUCCAGAAUGGUUGAGAUGUCCAGGCAGUGUUAUUGGGGGUGGCACUUCAAGCCACCAUUUUGCAGCGUCUUCUUCACAUUCAGGUAAUGAUAGUUUGACAAGAAAUAGAUCUUCUAGGAGCAUUGGUGAAAAGGAUAGCCCUCGUUCUGGUUUUCUAGAUCGAACUUCUUCGUCCAAUUUUAGGCGUAGUUCAGGCAGUGAAGGUUCUACAAAGCAUCCGUAUAGUAGUUUUACUCGAAGUCACCAUGAUAAAAAUCGUGAGAGAGAGAAAGAUCGGAUAGUUAUUGGGGAUCUUUGGAACCAUGAUGGCUUAGAUCCAUUGGGAAACAUCUUAAGCAGUAGGGUUGAGAAAACUACUUUGCAGCGCUCGCAAUCACUGCUGUCUAGAAUUCCUGGUGAAGUGUUACCCCGAAGAGCAGUUGACUUAAAAAAUGGUGGCCAUAACCACAACUGUGGACAUGGUGUGUUUUCUGGAGACUUUAUAGUCAGUGGCAUGCAGAAGGCUGCAUUUGAAAAGGAUUUUCCAUCUCUUAAAACGGAAGAGAAGCAUGGAGUACCGGAUAUAGGGAGAGUUUCGUCUCCCGGGUUGAGCAUUUCUGUUCAGAGCUUGUCCAUUGGCAAUUCAGGGUUUGCUGGUGGUGAGAGAUGGACUUCGGCUUUGGCAGAGGUGCCUGCCAUAAUUAGCGGCAAUGGCCUGGGCCACUCUUUUGUUCAACAAAGUGUUACCUCUCCAAUGUCUGGGUCAGCAAGCGCUAUGGCCGGCCCAAACAUGGCUGAGGCAUUGUCUCAGGCCCCAUCACAAGCUCAUACCCUUCCACAGCUACCAGAUAAGACACAGAGGCUUGAGGAAUUGGCCAUAAAGCAAUCUAGGCAAUUAAUACCCAUGACCCCCUCGUUGCCUAAAGCCUUGGCUCUCAAUUCUUCCGAUAAAUCUAAGCAGCCCAAAACAACAGUCAGAACCAAUGAGAUGAAUGUGGCAGCGAAGAGUGUGCAGCAGCAGCAGCAGCAGCAGCCCCAUUCAUCACAACUUGCUAAUCAAUCUCUUCGUAGUAGACAAGUCAUAUCUGAUGCUUCAAAGGCCUCUCAUGCUGGAAAGUUUCUUGUUCUCAAGCCAGUAUGGGAGAAUGGUGACUCCUCUACAGCAAAGGAUGUAUCUAGUCUAACUAAUAAUGCCAGCAGCAGAGUUGCAAAUGGCCAGCUUUCAGGUGCUCCAUCAGUUCCAACUGCUCCUUUGAUGAGUGCUGGAAGCCCAAAGGUUUCUGCCCUUGAACGCAAGGCUGCUGCCUUGGUUCUGAAUCCCAUAUCCAUGGCAAAGAAGAGACCUUCCCUGUCUCAAGCUCAGAGCCGAAGUGAUUUUUUUAAUCUCAUGAGAAAGAAAACCUCAGGGAAUACGUCAGCUAUUCUUGCAGAUGCAAGCCCUGCUGUUUUGUCUCCCACUGUGGAGAAAUCUGGUGAACCGAUUAAAGAAGUUGUCAGUGCUCCUGCAAGUCCUCGUGUUGCUGAGAAUGGUACCAGGAUUGAUAGCAAUGAUGAUUCUAAUGAAGAGACUCCGAGAUUUUCUGAUGGUGGAGAGAAGAAUGUCCACCUGAAUGGAGCAGUUUAUCCAGACGAAGAGGAGGCUGCUUUCCUUCGCUCUCUAGGUUGGGAGGAAAAUGCUGGAGAGGAUGAAGGCCUCACAGAGGAGGAAAUCAAUGCCUUUUAUCGGGAGUACAUGAAACUGAGGCCAUCCUUGAAAGUGUGUCGAGGCACCCAGCAAGAAUUUUCAGUUCUGUCUGAAUCUAAUGCUUCCAAUUCAGGGGGUGCUUCCUCUGAAUUUAACUCUUCUGACUCUGAAACUGAGGCUUGA